AUGGUCCCUGGUCGCGAACUAACUGAGGAGGAGAUUGACAGGAUCUUUGAUAAUCUCUUCUCCAACCCGAUAUAUGAGGCACGGGAACCAGAUACACCUCCUGAGAAAACUGGCAGUGCCACUAAGAAUGAGAAUCGGUUGAAGGGCCUAGGAACGAAGCAUUACCAGGGCAUAUUAGACGAGAUCAGAACCGAGGUGGCCGUUCGCGUUCGUCGUGAGCAGGGAGGAAAAUCGCAAACCGUCGACACCAAUGAAGAUGUGGAAGACACUGUAUCGUCAGCUGUGAGCGAUUCAGCUCCCCCAACCACCGCAUCCCCGUUGCCUGUUGACACGGCAGCAUCGGCUGCUGAACGCCGUGUCAAAUUCGUGGCACGGAAUAACUUCCCUACUGCAAAAGUGCUUAAUUCUAAGCAUUACGUGGAGGGGCUAAAGUUCCGUCGUCUGGGGGAGAGCGAGUUGGUCGUUAGUGAGUUGGGCAUCGGCACGUCAAUGUACGACAACCCUGAACUCAUCGAUCACGACCAUGCUGUUGAAGUAUUGGAGACUGCUCACAAACAAUACGGCAUAAACUUUUAUGAUACCUGCGAAUACGACCCCUAUCCAUACGAGCCUCGUAGCUACCUGGAGGGCCAGCAUCGCAGCAUGCGCGAGUUUUUGCGCCGAGUUAAACGUGAAGAUGUUGUGGUAUCGGGAAGGAUAUCGUCUAGCAACUUGGGGAAGUUUCGCACCCGGGGGCGUUUCUUGUCUUGGGUGCGCGGGGAUAUAUCGUCACCACCCACUCUAUCAGUGAUAGAAAAAGCAGUAGACAAGCUUUUGGAUCGCCUGGGUACAGACUACUUGGACAUCUUGUCCUUUGUGCAUCCUUACCGAUACGUGCCAAAUGCUCACCUUGGGGAGGACACCUACUGCUGGGGCAAUGAACGCGACGUGUUCAGCGGCGCGGCCUCAGAGAAUGCGGACGAGUGUACGUACGAUGCUGACGAAUUACUCUCGGCUCAAUGCGAAAUAUUCGAGACUCUGGUUAGCAAGGGUAAGGUGCGUUCCAUCGGCCUGUCCAACGAGACGGUUUGGGGACUCUGCCAUUUGAAGAACAAGUCGGGUCGAAAGUUCCCUGUAGCUUGUACACAGCAGAUGUACAACAUGCUUCAUCGCAACGAGGUUGAGUCUAGUGGCAUGUCGGAAGCAGUGCUAAAGGAAAAUCUGAACUGCCCAAUCGUCGCAUACGGCAUACUUGCAGGGGGCAUUCUGACGGGAAAGUACAUAGACCCCGAGCGACACAACCCUAUGGGUCCCGACAAGACGAAGGAGAAUGCAACAUUUGCGGACAAGCACGACUACCCUGGUGAUUAUCAAUCGUGCCUCAUCUUGAUAUCAGUUGAGAUCCCUGAGGAUUACGGUCAUUUGAGCUUCGGCCCGGCCAAUGCGCGGUGCAACCUCUUUCCCGACACCUUCCACACCCACAGAACUAUUUGGUGUCAGCACGCCACUGCCGAGUACCUGAAGGUUGCACGGACUCACGGCAUGACCCUUGCGCAACUUAGCAUGUCUUGGGUAUUUAGUCGCCCUUUCCUGCACGAAACGAUUGCAGCCCUGAACUACCCGAUGACACGUGAGAUAGAGAAUGACGUUCACGAGAUAUUCCUGCGCUACCGCGCUCCAACCAUGGGUGGACCGCAGCUACUUACUCGCCUAGACGACGACUUCGCCGUUCCGAUGUCGCAGAACGACCGCAUGCGAAAAGGCGCGGUACCCAUCUGGAGCGGCGGGUCGCACUGGGAUAUGGACUCGAUUCCACCUAUUUCGCGAAUAGCCGAGGAACGUAAGCAUGACGAAGCAUACGUGGAGACGGCUUCUUUGUUUGGUCUGUUCGACAAGCCUAACGACGAAUGCUGGCGCAACUACCGCUGCUGGGUAGAGCGGACCAGCGAAGGCCUUCCAGGCGAGUAUUUCGCUGUGAAGGAGAGCAAGCUGUUCGGCUGGGAUACAAUGAAGCUUGACGAGUUCACAGUGGUGCCUAAAACCCCAGAGGAGGUUGCCCGUGACGACACUAGCGACUUCCACUUCUACUGGAAGGGCGGGCAGGUAUAUGUGGGUCCUACCAGCGACGCAAUCCGCGCAUUUUACGACGACCAGAUCGCGGUUUGCAAUGUGAUGCGUGCCCGUGAGGACAGCUUUAAACGAGGCCUCGAGGUGGAGGAACUCCCCGAAGGGUGCAAAGUAUGGUCAUCCCUAGAUGCGGAUUUGGUGUUCAAGCGGUUGCGUGACAAAUUCGGUAUUGACGUGACCGAGCCUCGCCUGCUUGAGCGGCUGCUGCUGGACUGCGGUCGCGAGGUGGUGGCCCUGUCUGCGGCGGAGCGUCGUUGCGAGAAGUUCGCCUAUUUCGAGGAUCGUGAGCACCUUCUGAAGCAAGAAGUCGAAGUGUCGGAUGUCGACAAGAGGCGUACUACCCCACUAUAA